AUGGUUCUUCUUCUCCAUGGUUCUUCUUCUCCAUGGUUCUUCUUCUUCUUCUUCUUCUUCUUCUUCUUCUUCUUCUUCUUCUUCAUGGUUCUUCCUUCUUCUUUACCUGAUAUAUCUUCCAUUUUUUUGUUUCUUCUUCACGUCUCUUUUCCUUCCUCUUAUUUCUUUUCUUCUUCACGUCUCUUUUCCUUCCUCUUAUUUCUUUUCUUCUUCACGUCUCUUUUCUUCCUCUUAUUUCUUUUCUUCUUCACGUCUCUUUUCCUUCCUCUUAUUUCUUUUCUUCUUCACGUCUCUUUUCCUUCCUCUUAUUUCUUUUCUUCUUCACGUCUCUUUUCUUCCUCUUAUUUCUUUUCUUCUUCACGUCUCUUUUCUUCCUCUUAUUUCUUUUCUUCUUCACGUCUCUUUUCCUUCCUCUUAUUUCUUUUCUUCUUCACGUCUCUUUUCUUCCUCUUAUUUCUUUUCUUCUUCACGUCUCUUUUCCUUCCUCUUAUUUCUUUUCUUCUUCACGUCUCUUUUCUUCCUCUUAUUUCUUUUCUUCUUCGUCUCUCUUUUCCUUCCUCUUAUUUCUUUUCUUCUUCACGUCUCUUUUCUUCCUCUUAUUUCUUUUCUUCUUCACGUCUCUUUUCCUUCCUCUUAUUUCUUUUCUUCUUCACGUCUCUUUUCUUCCUCUUAUUUCUUUUUCUUCUUCGUCUCUUUUCUUCCUCUUAUUUCUUUUCUUCUUCGUCUCUUUUCCUUCCUCUUAUUUCUUUUCUUCUUCGUCUCUUUUCUUCCUCUUAUUUCUUUUCUUCUUCACGUCUCUUUUCCUUCCUCUUAUUUCUUUUCUUCUUCACGUCUCUUUUCUUCCUCUUAUUUCUUUUCUUCUUCACGUCUCUUUUCUUCCUCUUAUUUCUUUUCUUCUUCACGUCUCUUUUCUUCCUCUUAUUUCUUUUCUUCUUCACGUCUCUUUUCCUUCCUCUUAUUUCUUUUCUUCUUCACGUCUCUUUUCUUCCUCUUAUUUCUUUUCUUCUUCACGUCUCUUUCCUUCCUCUUAUUUCUUUUCUUCUUCCUGUUUCUUUACUUCCUCUUAUUUCUUUUCUUCUUCACAUUUCUUUCCUUCUUGUGCUUUAA